AUGGCAGUCCUCAGCUCACUUAAGUUCGCUGGUGCUUUGUUACUUGCUGCUAGGAUUCAAGUGGUUGGUGCACAGAUUUUUCUGGCUCCGCCGAAUGACAUCUUGCUUCCUGCAAGUGACUCUGCGAAGGAGCCAUUGCAGUGGCUUGCGGCUAACAGUCCUUACUUUGCUGGACCCAAUAUCCAUGGUAUCAGCAAUGAGGUCCCCGAGGGCUGUACCGUCGAGCAGGUUGCGUAUAGUUCGAGACACGGCAGCAGAUACCCUGAUACUGGGGCAUAUGCUGAGUGGACCGCACUUUACAACAAGGUGCAAAACGCAUCCUUCCAAGCCACUGGCAGCAUGGCAUUCUUUCACACCUGGAAACCAGUGCUGACGGACCCUUCUGCGCAAAUUGCUCAGGAGAGUACUACUGGCUACAAGGAGGCACAUGAUAUGGGUUACCGGUUGAGAACCAGAUAUCCCAACCUGUAUUCAUACGGAGACAAAUUCAUCGUUUGGGCUAAUCUGUAUGCUCGCGUGGUACAGACUGCUCAGAGUUUUGUUCGAGGCUUCAUGGGCCAUCUUGCCACUAACCUGGGACAAGUCAUCACAGUCAAUGCUACGGCUUCUCCAAAUGCUUUGUUCAACUCGCUGUCACCGAGUAACCUUUGCCCGAACUUUGUGGAUGGCAAUGGUGGUGAUUAUAUGACAACGUACAAAUCUAUCUUCCUCCCCCCCAUCACAGCCCGUCUCAACGCCAUGAUCACGGGUGAUUUAGUCUUCAACGACGCCGAUGUGUUCAUCUUCCCAUACCUUUGUGGUUUCGAAUCUCAAAUUACUGGCAUUCUCUCUCCCUUCUGCUCCAUCUUCACCGACGCAGAACUCAAACAAUACGAGUACGCCCAAGAUCUUCGCUACUACUAUGGCAUUGGACCUGGUGUGGAUCUCGCUUCCAAGAUGAUGCUUCCGUACCUGAACAGCCUUGUUGGACUAUUAGCGCAAGGACCAGGUGUCAAUGGCACGAAUGCUGCUGGAGAAACCUUUGAGUUGCCAAAGAUUAUUAUGGCAUUUAUUAAUGAUGGACAGACUACAGAAUUAGGUGCUGCUACUGGUGUUUGGGAUAAUACCACAGUUCUAGGAGCGACCGAGAUUCCAGAGGGACAUACGUAUAUUGCGAGUCAUUUCGUCAACAUGCGUGGAACUGUCGCUUUGGAAAGACUUAACUGUCCAGCUUCGGCCUCAAAGGUCAUGGCCAGAGAACAGGAGAAGCGGGCCGCAGAAAAGAUUGCACCAAACUGCGCACACGACAACUGUCUCCGCCAAAUGAUCGGUGCCUCGGCGCAAGUGCAGAAUUUCUGCCCUACAUUCACUGCUACGACAGGUCUGCCACUCCCAACCUUUGUAAGCAACUGUGGUGGGUUGGCCAGUAGAGUUUCGUCCGCUUGUUCGUGUCUCUCUACACCCACGGCUACCUCAUCUUCCGUUACCACCACACUCGCUACUUCAACUCUAACAUCCUCAUCUUCAUCCUCCGUUGCAACUCCAACAAGCACCGCAACCCCGGAUCCAGCCAACAAAGACAUUUACAUCCGAAUUCUUCUCAACGACGCCGUGUACCCCGUUCCGUCAUGCCAGGACGGACCGGGACGCAGUUGUGGGAUGAACGACUAUGUGAAGUUCUUGCAAGGGAAGAUGGAUGAGGCGGGGGAUUUGGUGGAGAAGUGUGGUGUUAAGGCGCCGGGAAGUCCUGCUAUGGAGGAUGUUAAGGGAGCGGGAUUCUUUACGGAUCUGAGGGGAGACGGAGUGUCGAGCGUGGUUCCUUAG